AACUCAGGUUCCAUCUGUGUCCUGGCUAAUGACUUGGAAAUCACGCAUGCAUCUGCAGGCAGCAGCUAUGCAGCAAAUCUACACUUUCCCACGCCCACACCCACACCCACACCCACUCCCUCUCCCUCUCCCUCUCAUUCUAGUUCGAUUCUCAUUCCUCUCUCUUUCGGACCCUUCGAUUCUUCUCGAACAAUACGCUGCUUAAUUCUUCUUCUUCUUCUUCCUCCUCUACCUCCCGACGCUACCUACUCGCAGAGCUACAUUCCUUUCCUUCAUCCCUUUCCUUUUUCCGUCGAGAGCGGGGAAGAAGAUAUGAUCAGGGUCUCUCUGCGUAAUGUUCUUCUUCCACUUCUUGUACACCACAUUGUUUCCAUCUGCAUCCUAUCUUCACCCUCCCACGCCUACACAGACCUUGACGCACUCAUGAAGCUCAAGACCGCGAUGGUUGCGCCAACUGCUUCUUCGGGCGGCCUCAACGACUGGAAUCCCUCGCGGUCUCCUGCCGCCCACUGCUCUUUUUCCGGCGUCUCGUGCGACGGCGACUUCCGGGUGGUAUCUCUCAACGUGUCUUUUGUGCCUCUUUUCGGUUCGAUUCCUCCCGAUAUUGGGUUACUAACCAGCCUCGUCAACCUCACCAUUGUCAGCGACAACAUCACCGGGGAACUUCCGGCGGAGAUGGCCAACCUCACUUCUCUGAGACUCCUCAACAUCUCCAACAACAACUUCAAUGGCGGCUUCCCCAGGAGCAUCGCGGCGGGAAUGACGGAACUUGAGAUUCUCGACGUUUACAAUAACAACUUUUCGGGACCACUGCCUGUGGAGAUAAGGAGGCUGAAGAAACUCAAGCAUUUGCAACUCGGCGGGAACUACUUUUCCGGCGAGAUUCCGGUUGCAUACUCGGAAUUGCAGAGCUUGGAGUACCUCGGAUUGAAUGGUAACAACCUAUCUGGCAGGAUUCCGGCGAGUUUGAGCCAGCUGUCGAACCUGAGGGAACUGUACCUCGGGUACUUUAAUGCGUAUGAAGGUGGUAUUCCGGCUGAGUUAAGUUCGUUGAACUUGCUGCAGAAACUUGAUCUGGCUUACUGUAAUCUCACCGGCGAGAUACCGGCGAGUUUUGGCCGUUUGAAGAACCUAGACUCGUUGUUUCUUCAGAUCAAUAGGCUUUCAGGUCACCUUCCUCCGGAGCUGUCCGGCUUAGUGAGCUUGAAAUCCCUCGAUCUCUCAAUCAACGAUUUCACAGGAGAAAUACCGGAGAGUUUCUCCGAGCUGAAAAAUAUAACGUUGAUCAACUUGUUCAAGAAUCAUCUCAAGGGUCCUCUUCCGUCGUUCUUCGGUGAUCUUCCAAAUCUUGAGGUGCUACAGAUUUGGGAGAAUAACUUCACUUUUGAGCUGCCGGCGAAUCUCGGCCAAAACGGGAAGCUCCAGAAGCUGGACGUUACAACUAACCACUUCACGGGAACAAUCCCUCGAGAUUUGUGCAAGGGAGGUAAGUUGGAUACCUUGAUUUUGAUGGAAAACUACUUUUUUGGACCUAUUCCUGAAGAACUGGGCGAGUGCAAAUCGCUGACCAGAGUGCGAUUGACGAAGAAUUUCCUCAACGGAACGAUUCCCCCCGGGCUUCUCACCUUGCCAUCGCUGACCUUGCUCGAGCUUGGCGACAAUUACAUCUCCGGCGAGCUUCCGGCAGAAAUUUCGACCGCAGCGCUCGGAAUUCUCACGGUGUCUUAUAACUGGAUCGCCGGGAGGAUUCCCCCGGCUGUUGGAAAUCUCCUGAGUUUACAGUCUCUGUCCCUCGAAAUGAAUCGAUUUUCCGGUGAAAUUCCUGAAGAACUCUUCAAUCUGAGGAAUCUCACUAAGGUUAACAUCAGCGCGAACAACGUUACCGGCGAAAUUCCGGGUUCUAUCGGCAAUUGUCUCUCCUUGACUUCAAUUGAUUUUAGCGGCAACAGUCUAUCCGGAGCGAUUCCGAAGGCGAUCGAUAAGCUCAAGAUUUUGAGCACUCUUAAUCUCUCAAGAAAUCAAUUGAUCGGCGAAAUACCAAGCGAAAUUCGAACCAUGGCUAGCCUCACGACUCUCGAUCUCUCCGUUAACAACUUAGCCGGCAGAAUCCCCACCGGUGGGCAGUUCCUGGUCUUCAACGACAGCUCUUUCGCCGGAAAUCCUAACCUCUGCUCCCCGCGCCGCACUUCUUGUCCUUCUGCGCAAGGCCAAGUGGAAAACUUGAAGCGAAACCAUACGGCUUCGUUCAACACCUCAAAGCUUCUCGCCGUCGUCAUAAUCUUCACCAUAGUUAGCGUAGCACUCCCCGUGGCCUACAUAAUCAGAAAGAAAAAACUCAAGAAAUCAAAAUCCUGGAAGCUCACGGUCUUCCACCGACUCGAAUUCAAAGCGGAGGACGUGCUGGAAUGUCUGAAAGAAGAAAACGUGGUCGGCAAAGGCGGCUCGGGGAUCGUGUACCGCGGGUCGAUGCCGGACGGUGUGGAGGUGGCGAUCAAGGUGGUACGAGGGGCGGCGGGGCGGGGGAGCGGACGUAGUGGUCGCAGCGGGUGGAGCGACGGCGGAUUCACGGCGGAGAUACAGACGCUGGGGCGCAUACGCCACAGGAACAUAGUGAGGCUGCUGGGAUACGUGACGAACGGUGAAACAAAUUUGUUGCUAUACGAGUACAUGCCCAAUGGGAGCUUGGGCGAGAUUCUACACGGCGCGAAGGGGGCGCACCUGCGGUGGGAGACUCGGCUGAGGAUCGCGGUGGAGGCAGCGAAGGGGCUGUGCUAUCUUCACCACGACUGCUCGCCGCUCAUCAUUCACAGGGACGUCAAGUGCAACAACAUACUGUUGGAUUCGGACCUCCAAGCUCACGUGGCGGACUUCGGGCUGGCGAAGUUCUUGCAAGAAUCCGGCGCAGCGGAAAUUAUGUCUUCAGUCGCCGGAUCCUACGGCUACAUCGCUCCAGAGUACGCGUUCACGCUCCGAGUGGACGAGAAGAGCGACGUGUACAGCUUCGGGGUGGUGCUGCUGGAGCUGAUAACGGGGCGGAAGCCGGUGGGGGGGUUCGGGGACGGGGUGGACAUGGUGAGAUGGAUCCGGAAAUUGACGUCGGAGGAGAUGUCUGGGCCGUCCGACGCAGCGGCGGUAGUGGAGGCGAUAGUGGACCCGAGGCUGAGCGGGUACCCAGUCGCCGCCGUCGUGAAUGUGUUCAAGAUGGCGAUGAGGUGCGUGGAGGAGGAGAGCUCCGCCAGGCCGACCAUGAGGGAAGUCAUCCGCAUACUCACUAAUCCUAGCUCACUAGUUUUAACUUGAUUAGUUUGUUUAGCCUACUUUGUGGCACUCUUCCUUAGACGUUGUACAUAUUCGACUUCUGUGUAAUUGCCGAGAUUAUAAUCUCUUUCUAGAUCAAAUAUUGUGCUCGACGAACGAAAAGAAAAGGAAAUUAAUUUUAUUUUGUUCUUUUUUGGAAUGAAA